UCAGUUAAGUAUUCUAAAUAGUCUCGCUAUAGCCUAGUCAGAACACUGAAUGUGUUUAUUGGCACGAAAAACAUGUCACUAUCUUUAUACCCAGAACUCACGACUACUGAUCCAGAGAUGGACCCUAUACACGCCAACUGGGAGGAAGUACACUAUAACUCUGAGAGAAAUAUCAUGAGACAAUUUAUGAUCCUGCAACAAGAACAGGAGGUUCCUGUGUUCCUCACCAUGAAGCACUUCACCAAUUGGCUCAUGACAAAGUGGAAGUUCAUGGAUGAGUAUCAGGGAUUGAUCACAGAGAGGACAGAGUGGAGGGAGCUCUUAUUCUCUGAGUUGAGGCUUGAACAGUAUGACUGUAUGAGAGCUAGACACAAAGCACUGUCUGUCUUUGCGGUUUGGCAGAAAGAGGGGCUUAAAAUUAUGCUGGAGAAGGUCCAACUAGCCGCAGAUCUGGAGGUCAAGUUGAUCUUGGCCACCUUCCCUAGUAAUCUGCCUUACCAGUCAAAGGAGGGGCCUACAACGUUUACUGAAAUUGCUGGAGCUUUCAGUCCAGAGAUUGUUUACUCCACCUUGAGUAACAUCCUCCAGGACCCUGAGGCAGAAGAUGGGUUGGUCAGACACCAGAUGUCAGCCAUCAGGGAGGUAGCCAAGCCGGUGGAGGAGACAGCUGCCACAAUCUUUACAGAAGUGCCACUGUCCAUUCUUGGCACCAUGCCCUUUAAAGUAGCUGUGGACAUAGUGGACACUGUGUCAAACAAGCUUGAAGAGGGAGUGAGAACCUUCGACCUUCUGGGGUUCGACAGCACGUUGUUGGAUUCCAAGGCUACUGUUCUUGAUGCCCAGAUGGACAUUCAAGCAAAUAUCCAAAUGAGUAACCUUCCUGUGAACCCGAAGCAGCUUGAGGUGUGUUGAGAAAAAGGGCAGAGUACAGGAGGUGAGCCGAGGGUUUCGGGAGCAACAGCCGACGACGGAGACGGAUCAACAAUCUACACCAGGACAUGAGAUGGAUGACGUACAACUACCCCUCUCCCCCUUGGUGUUUGUGUAUGAACCGAAUGACCCCAGUACAACAGAAAACUUUCAACAGCUCUGUGAAGAAAUGGGGAGGGCCUACAUCGACCCCAACUAAGGACUAUGGGAGGGGUGGUAAAGUCUGGGGUCAUGUGAUUGUGAUAAACCAAUAAUUAUACAAUGUUGUAUAAUAUGUAUAUCAUUCAUACAUGAGGUAAACCAAUCAUUCUAAGGUUACAUAAAUUGUAUGGUUACAUAAAGGGCAUGAUUAAAAAACAUUAUAAAAGGGCCUGGAGGGUCUGAAAACGGCACGCUUUUUUGCUGUUGGAGCGAAGACUCGAGAAGAGUUGAUCUGACUCUUGGUUAUUGGACCCUUCCGGAACCCAGCACUGUCUGUACUAGUGAUUGACUAAAUAAAGGUAGGAACUUGUAAGA